AUGCGGUUUCACUUAUCUGUGGCCGCUGUUUUGGCCGUGGCUAGCCUGAUCUCUGCCCAGUCAACAGGCGUACAACCCACGGUUACUACCACCGUAACCGCCACAGUCACAGCUCCAACCACGCCAACAGGCACACCAUCAACAUGUCAGCCCGCCUUCGACUGCUCAAAAGAGGAGAUCUCGCAACGUCCCACAGUUGUAGCUGGUUCAAGCUGUGCAACCUGUGACGAGGGAUUCGGCGGAGCCAACUGCAACGUAUGCGAGACAGAUGCCGCCUGUGCAGCAGAUACUUCGCGCCCGCCAAUGUUUGGCGACGAAAAGAUGGUCUGCAACAAGAAUCCCGAGAUCUUUUACAACGCCUUCAUGACUUGCGACGUCAACACCCCACAGCUGGCAGCACUCUUCCCAGGAGGCUACUCGCUGUCCCUUGACCUGGAUGUCAUAAACAAGACCAUCAAGGCUCAGCUGUGGAUGGACAACAACGAACAGUUUUUCUGUGACAUUGGGUCCUGUAAUGUCGCCACGACGGACCUCGAAGGGAAGAUCUCGACAUCAUGGGAUUGCCCCGACCUCAAGUGCACCUGCAUCACCACCCCCACAAAGCUGUGCGGUGGUAUCCCCACCCCCGCCAAAAUCGACCUUAAAUCAACCAUCGCCCAACUGACAGGACCAUUCGCUCUGAACUGCCCUCACAACAGCACGACUUGCACGUUCAGAAUUGCAGCGCUUGAUGGACUCCUCCCCAAUGGUCUUGAGAUGGUCAACUGCAAGUCAGGAGAGUGUGUCUACCCCUUGGAGAUGACAUCUUCGAUCACCGCCCUCAAGAAGACCAUGCCCGUUGGUGUCAUUGUCUGCCUCUGUAUCCUUGGUGCUUUGGUCCUCUUCCUCAUCGUUGUCUGCUCGAUCGCCAAGAGAAACCAGAUUAUUCUCAGUCGUACUCCUUACACUCUCGACAAUGAGGCUGCCUCACUCGAGUUCCGCAAUGUCGGCUAUACCCUCAACAAAGAUGGACUCGAGAUUCUCAAGGGCAUUUCAGGAUCGGCUCCCGCUGGUGUUGUCUUGGCUGUCAUGGGUCCCUCAGGAGCUGGUAAAUCGACUUUGGUGGAUAUUUUGGCCGGCAAGCGUAAGGACGGCAAGGUUUCUGGCCAUAUUCUGUUGAACGGCAAGCAGGUGCACGAGAGCGAGAUCCGUCGUGCUGUUGGAUUUGUUGACCAGGAAGAUACCCUGCCCGCCUCCCAGACUGUCUGGGAAGCCGUUCUCUUUUCUGCCAUGCUCCGUCUUCCUGAGGCCAUGCCCAUCCAUCGUGUCCACGAGCGUGUUGCCGAGGUUAUUGAAAUGCUGGGAUUGACACACUGCAAGGACCGCCGAAUCGGAAACGUUACUGCCCGUGGGAUCUCUGGAGGAGAGAAGCGCCGUGUCUCGAUUGCCCUUGAGUUGAUUACCCGUCCUCCAAUCCUGAUCCUAGACGAACCCACCUCUGGACUCGACUCUUACAGCGCCCACAUGGUUGUCCAGCAGCUCUGCAAACUGGCUGCCAGCAAGACCACCACUGUUAUCAUGACCAUUCACCAGCCCCGCUCGGAUAUUUUCUACAUGUUUGACCAGACUUUGGUUGUCAGCAAGGGAACUUGCCUUUACUUUGGACCUACGGACACUGCUGCCGACUAUUUCCAACGCCGUGGAUUGAUCUGCCCUCCCAACUACAACAUUGCCGAUUACUUGCUGGAUAUCGCCAUGGACCAGGAGCUUGUUGCGGAGGCCGAGAAGGCCGGUGGACUGGCCUCGGGACAUCAGGCUCACCUGGGCGGCGGAAACGUAGUCUCUCGCCGCGGCGGCGCCAACACCAACGGCAACACCAGCGAGAUUACGCGCACUUCGGAUGACCGUUCGUACGAGACCUCUGUCCGGAUGGAGGGGAUGGGUUCCACGGGUUCGUCCACUGCCUCGCUCUCGGAUUCGACCACGCAGAAGAAACAAAAGACCGUCUACCCUACCAGUUUCUUGACCCAGCUCCGUGUCAUCAUGCUUCGCAGCUUCCAAACCUUGAUCCGCAACAAGUCGCUCUUGGUCCUUCAUUUCGCAGUCGCCAUUGUCCUGGGAGUGUUUGUCGGAGGAUUAUAUUUUAACGUGCCCAUGGACUUGGCUGGUUUCCAGAACCGUGCCGGAUCCCUUUUCUUCAUGCUCGCCCUCCUCGGCUUCAGCAGCAUCUCUGCCCUAGGAGCCUUCACCGAUACCCGCACCCUCUUUGUCAAGGAGCGUUCCAACGGAUACUACCCACCCCUGCCCUUCAUCAUCUCGACGCUACUGUUCGAUCUCAUCCCUCUCCGUAUCGUCCCCGCUAUCCUGAUGGGUUCUGUCUCCUACUUUAUGAUAGGUCUCUACGCCGAUGUUGAGACGUUCUUCAAGUUCCUGUUGAUCCUCGUCCUCUUCAACGUCGCCACCGCCAUGUUCUGCCUCGUUAUUGCUGCUGGAGUCCGCGCUACAGGAGUCGCAUCCCUCGCCUCUUCCAUCGUCAUGUUGUUCAUGAUGUUGUUCGGAGGCUUCUUGAUCAACACGAAACAAAUUCCCAAGGCCCUCACCUGGAUCCAGUACCUUUCCAUGUUCAAGUACGGUUUCGAGGCUCUGGCCGUCAACGAGGUCGCCAAGACUCAACUGAUCGACAACAUCCAGGGCGUUGCCUUCAACGUGCCCGGUUCGUUGAUUCUCCAGAAACUCUUUGGUUUCGAUCUGACUGGCUUCUGGAAGAACAUGAUCUUUUUGAUCGGCUACAAUGUCCUCUUCAUCGCUGCCUUCUGGGCCAUCGUCAGCUUUCGUCUCAAGGAGCGCAAGUAA